AGGCCAGAGCCGGCCCAGCGAGCGAGGACAGGCACCGAGGGGGCGCGGCCGCCGGCCGGACGACGCAGCGAGCGCGACUCAGGACCGUCCAGGGCCCGACAGGCAGCGACUUGGCAAUGGAGCGCCUUGUCUCCCGCCGCACCUAUCCCCAGUUAGUGCGCUCUAGCGCCUGCCGCAGCCUCUUUGGGCCUGUGGACCACGAGGAGCUGAGCCGCGAGCUGCAGAUGCGCCUCGCCGAGCUGACCGCCGAGGACCAGCGCCGCUGGGACUACAACUUCCAGCAGGACAUGCCGCUGCGAGGCCCCGGACGCCUGCAGUGGACCGAGGUGGACAGCGAGUCGGUGCCCGCCUUCUACCGCGAGACCGUGCAGGUGGGGCGCUGCCGCCUGCUG